AUACGCUCAUAUUUUCAAGUUUUUAUAAAAUUAAUUAUAAUUGGUUACUAUAUUCCUGUAAAGUUAUUCUAUUGGUUAGAUUUCUUCUCAUAUAAUUCUCAUUGGAUGAAAGGCACCAACGCCUUUCUGCGAAUGAGAUUUAGGGAAAUAGAAACGUGGCUCGUGGAACUCAUACUUAGGAAUACAAUUUGAAUUUGAUCAACUUUGCAAAGCAGUCUGAAGUCCGAUAUAUGUAUUAUUUGUAACUAUCAAUCUAAAAAAUUAUGGAUUCUGACGUGGAAAAACUUCAAAGUCUGUUGCUCGACACUAAUCUUCCAUCGACUAUACACGAUCUCAAAAAUCCAACAGAGGAUUUUGUUAUAAAUUUAAUCGUAACAUUUUUAACGUGGUUUAAGAUCGAUGUUAAUUCAAUUAACAAGCCCACUUUUGAGCAGCAAGUAGCUAUGUCGUGUGUAGAAGAUACUGACAUUGUAAGCAUUAUUAAUCUACAUGUAAUAAUGAGACAAAUAUGUGAUCGAAUAUUUAUAAAAGAUUUUUGUAUAAGUGAUAUUACUAAUUGCGGCUCUAAAAGAAUACGUAAAUUUGCAAGAUAUUUAGCAAAUUUUAUACUCUAUGCAACUAAUAAAGAAUCGGAUAUGGAAGACAUUAUAAAAGAAAUUCAUAGCAAAGCUAAAAAGUUAGAAGAAUUACAAGAAAGGAAAAGAAAUAUAUUAACAAUAAAAAAUGAAAAAGCAAUGAACAUUUCCAAACAAUUAUCUUUAAAAGAAAAGUAUGAAAUGGAAAUACAAAAAAUGCAAUCACUUAUUGAAGACAAUGAAACAAGAAAACUUGAACUACAGGAAGAGAUGAUUGUUAUAGAAGAGAAGAGACAAAAAGUAGUCGAAGAUUAUAAUGCUCACAAACUUGAAGCUCAAAGGGUUGACAAAACAAUAGCAGAAUUGAAAUUAGAAGUAGUGAACUCUCCAGAAGAAUAUAAAACUCGUUUGUAUAAUUUAGAAGAACAGAAUAAAGCGAAGAUUGAAGAGCGAGAAAAGAUGCAAGACACAUUUUUAGCUAAAAACGAAUUAGUUAAAAAAUAUGAGAACAUAUUAUCUUUUGUACAGAAACAAUACGAGAAGUUCUCAGAAAUAAGGGAUAUAUAUGAACAUUUAAAAAAAACAAAUAUUCAAGGAGAAAAUAUCAAAAAACAAGUUGAUACAAUGAAAAAUGAUAUUACUGAAUUAAUUAAAAAACACAAAAUGCAAGAAGAUCAUCAAGGAUCUACGAUCGAUGAGAUUCACGCCCAAACCAAAGAAAGAUUAACUACAGUUCGUGAAUUACAUGCACAAUUAUUAAGUAAUAAAAAGUUGGCAGUAGUUAAAUUGGAAGAAAAUAAAGUGUUAUAUAAUGAGUCAUGUAUGGAUAAAAAUAAAAUUAAAGAUCUCAUUAAAAAAAUAGAAGGAGAAACAUCUGCUUUCAUUAAAAAUUGUCAAGAGCUUUAUAAUAAUGAAAUUCGAAAUGAAAUCAAUUUACAAAAAUAUUUCAACAGAGCUUGGGAGGAAUCACAAACAUAAACAUAGAAUAGUUUUUAAAACAUUCGAAAAUAGAGUUUUAAAAAAAUAUAAAUUUAUGUUAUUAAUUUUUAUUUUUAGUUUGAAUAGAGUAGUUAAACAACAAAAUAACAGUGUAACAUUUUCAUAAAUAAAUUACAUUAUAGUAAAGAACAAAAUUACAUAAAUUCUAAUAUGUGUGUGUAUAUGUAUAAUAUUCCUAAAGAAAGAAAUUGGCUAAUAUGUGAGUAGAUAAUGAUUGUAUAUUUUUGUGUGUUUGUAUAUAUCGUAACGGCUCGCUAAAAUAUAUAACUUUAAUUUAAUAGUAGGAUAAAUUAAAUAAGAUAAUAAAUAAAUUUCCACAAAAGUUAAAUAAUUCCAUAAAAUAAUUAAAAUUAGAAAAUGUCAAAGAAUAAGAAAAACAAAAUAAUAGAAAGACAGUAAUAGAAAUCAUCAAUAAUUUAAACUAAGCAAAGCAAAAAGCAUAUAUAUAACAAGUAAUAAUAAAAGAGGGAAUAAUUGCCUCUAAUAAUCUAAUAAAGAAAUAUAAUGGA